AUGGACCAAUACGAUGUGGCAGUGGUUGGGCUCGGUGUUCUCGGAAGUGCGGCAGCAUACCAUGCGGCUCUAAAAGGGAAAAGAGUUGUUGCUUUCGAACAAUUCGAGCUCGGUCACGUACACGGCGCGUCGCACGAUACCUCUCGUAUUGUGAGAACAACCAACUCAUCCCCCGAGUACGUUGCUUUGGCAAAGUCGGCAUAUAAAGACUGGGCCGAACUCGAAAAGGCAACAGACCAAAAGCUUUUGACGAUCACCGGCGGUGUUUUCUUCCUACCAAAGGAUGCUCCCACACCAAUCGGUGACUUUACCAGAAGUCUUGACGCCAAAAACAUUCCAUAUGAGGUUCUCAAUGCAAAGGAAGUGAACAAGCGGUGGCCUCAGUUUGACAUCCCGGACUCGGUCGACACAGUGUACACAGCAGACACGGGGAUCGCCCACGCCGCCAAGACAGUCCUUGCUAUGCAAAGUUUGGCGCGAACUCAUGGCGCAGUAUUGAAGGAGCAUACUCGAGUGGACCGGGUGACACCUAAGAAAUCCGGAUCUGGAGUCGUGAUCGAGACUUCCAAGGGUCAGGUUCACGCCGCGAAAGUCAUUAUUGCAGCCGACGCCUGGACAAACAAGCUUCUUGCACCUCUUGGAGUCCAUAUUCCUCUGUCAGUGAUGCAAGAGCAAGUGACAUAUUUCAAGCCAACGGACGAAAAAGCGUGGGAGCCUAGCAACUUUCCAGUGUGGAUCUGGGGCGGCGAUCCCUGCUUCUACGGCUUCCCAUCUUUCGGGGAGCCGACAAUCAAAGCUGGCCGCGACACAUCCAACAACUUCAUGACACCUGAGCAGCGCACAUAUGUACACUCUCCACAGCUUCUCGAGCAGCUUUCCUCGUUUAUGGGGAGUGUCAUGCCUGAUGAGGGUCGUCAAGCCCUUCGCACUGUGACUUGUCAAUACUCCAUCACGCCAGAUAGACAAUUCGUGAUCAGCCCGCUGGAAAAGCACAAAGAUAUUAUUGUUGGUCUAGGCGCUGCCCAUGCUUUCAAAUUUGCGCCCGCAUUUGGUCGUGUUCUUGCGGAGCUUGCUGUUGAUGGGCAGAGCACGGAGGAUCUGUCAAAAUUCGGAAUACCCAAGAACGCUACUUAUACUAGUAAACUUUAA